CACCAUUGCGGCAGGCACAGAGACCACAACGAGACCCCGACCUCUCCCCCAAUCCGCCGCAAGCCGAGCGCCAGCCCAGGAAGCUGAAGUAAGUUACUCCGCUGCUCAAAAUGUCGCGGGAGGAGAAUGUCUACAUGGCCAAGCUGGCCGAGCAGGCGGAGAGGUACGAGGAGAUGGUCGAGUACAUGGAGAAGGUGGCCAAGACGGUAGAUGUGGAGGAGCUCACUGUCGAGGAGCGUAACCUCCUGUCUGUUGCCUACAAGAACGUGAUCGGGGCUCGCCGUGCUUCGUGGCGUAUCGUCUCAUCCAUUGAGCAGAAGGAGGAGGGUCGUGGGAACGAGGAGCAUGUCACUCUGAUCAAGGAAUACCGUGGAAAGAUCGAGGCCGAGCUGAGCAAGAUCUGCGACGGUAUCCUCAAGUUGCUAGACUCGCACCUUGUUCCCAUGUCUACCGCUGCUGAGUCGAAGGUGUUUUACCUCAAGAUGAAGGGUGAUUAUCACAGGUACUUGGCUGAAUUUAAGGCUAGUGCCGAGAGGAAGGAAGCUGCCGAGAGCACCAUGGUGGCUUACAAGGCUGCUCAGGAUAUUGCUCUGGCGGAACUGGCCCCCACACAUCCCAUAAGGCUUGGACUUGCACUUAACUUCUCAGUGUUCUACUACGAGAUUCUGAACUCUCCAGACAAAGCUUGCAAUCUUGCAAAGCAGGCUUUUGAUGAGGCUAUCUCUGAGUUGGACACCCUCGGUGAGGAGUCGUACAAGGACAGCACAUUGAUCAUGCAGCUCCUGAGGGACAACUUGACCCUAUGGACAUCUGACCUCACGGAGGAGGGCGGUGCUGAGGAUGGCAAAGAAGCCUCGAAAGGCGAAGGUGGCGAGGGCCAGUAACUGUGUUGAAUCAAUGUGUUUGCGUGUUGAAGUCUGCGUUGUGCCGUGGAUGGAUUGUCCUGUUCUAGCUGUCUCUCAUGUACUCCCCUCCCUCCCUUUUUCCCUGUUGUAGGAUGGUAGUGGUCGAAGUAGUUCUAUUGCCUUUGCGUCUUUUCUAGUUGGCGCAGUCGGUCCAUUUCGGACCGAGAUUGUUCUCCUGGAUUUGACUGCAUGGUGUUGUGUCUCACCAGUGGUUUCAAUUUAAUCGUCUUUGUCUCUUC